AUGGACCCGGGUCUGGUACAUGCCGACUCACAAGGUGAGAUCCGUGAGGAUGGCCCCAAGCAAGAAAAGUGUCCCAUGCACUUGGCUUUUCCAGACUUUGUUCGGUGCGACUCCUGCAAGGAGAUUUACAAGGAUCUGCCGAGUGAUGGCACGGCACCACUGCCUGGACUGAAGCAGCCAUUUCCGGUCACUGCGCUGCAAAGCAACACCCGGCUUGAUGUCUUGGAGCACCAGUCCCCUGACGGCAAGCUGGAGAAGUAUCAGCGCAUAGAGGACGAGCAUGGCAAGUACAAGUUCACAAGAAGUCGCCAGCAGGACGCUCUGGAACUCGAAAGGCGUAAACUCCAGCUCCAGCGCGAGCGUACCAACAAGGCCAGGCACGAGGCUGAUCAUGCCGCCCAAGAUGUUCAGUGGCAGAUCGCGGAUGCAGAGCGCUCGGUGGAGGAGAUGCGAUGCCGUCGAGACGGCGACAUGCAGGCUUUGGAGGUGCAAGUACGGCAGGCCGACAUCAUGUUGGAAGAGGCGCAAAGGGAAGCAGGAAAGCGAUUGGAAGAAGCUUUGGGACUCAAGCGUGCAGAGGAGGCGCAUGUGGUUUCCUCCUCUCAACUGCUGAAUGCAGCCAGGGAAAGGACCAGUGCGGCUGAAGAAAUGUACGAGCAGUCGAAGGCAGCCUCCCAAGCACGGCUUGCGGCCCGAGCUGCCGCCCUCGCUGAGGCCGAGGAAGCGUUGGUUGCUCAGGAAGAGCAGAUGCAACAGAACGCGGCCGAAUACUUGCAGAACGUGCAGGAGCAGUGCCAAGCGCAGCUGGAAGCUCUGCGAGCACAAUCUUCUGAAAUCAAGGAGGCUGUUUCGAAGCGCUUGCCGAUGGAGUCGAGAAGAACGGCAGCAGCCCAGGAAGCAACAGAAGCACGGAGAAACGAUGCCAAUGAACGAUUGCAGAAAGAGCGUCAAACGGCCGGCGUCCACACCACGGUGAUGGAGGAAGACUGUUCCUGCAUGGUCCGCCGGGUAGAGCUGCGAGAACAAGCUACACAGAGGCGCUUGGAAGAGUUUGCUGAGGGCCCCGUCACUGCAUUGGAGCGCACUGCGCAGCUUUGGCAUGGACAGAGCGACCGCAAGUCGGUGUGUGACAAGGUCAGCUUGGAGCAAACAGCCUGGGUGCUGGGACACCACUUCAAAUCAAGGUGGAACUACACGCCCUCCGUGGACGAUAAAGUCACCAACAUUCUUCAGGGCUGCUUACACGGCAGGCCGGAGCCCUUGCUAACACGACAGCAGUAUCACUGCUGGCGGAGAGCGUAUUCAGCACCUUAUUCUACUUGA